ACAUUUAUCUCUCAUCCUAAAUUCAUAUAUACAGUAGCUGGCAACUUUUCCGCAAUUCCACCUGGUGCCAUCUGAAGAAAACCCAAUCCAGUCAUCGCACAUUGGGGUCCUACGGUCUACCACAUUCCUCAUUCGACGAAUAUUUACUAAGGAUGUAUCAAGCACUGGCACUGAGAUUUAAUCGCUCUGAUCUUUUUUGCUCAUAUUGCUUACAAUAUUUCUGGGAACUCAUGACUUUUUCAUAUGCAAUCAAUUUUUAAAAUAUCAGUGAAAAACACUACAUAUGUGAUAGAGGACCGGAAUUGCCAGGUAGAGAUGGGAGAUGGUAGCUGCUUUGGGUUAGUCAGUGUCUCCUCCUUUUCCAUUGACUUGGACAAAUGUUUACAUCGGAGAUGAUCUGAUUCUGGCCCCGACAAGCGCGGGCACCCGUUGCGGAGGGCCGCCGGGAUUGCCCCCUGGGCAGUGCAGCCCGGAGGAUGCAGACACUGGCCCGGCGGGAGGAGAACGUGCGGCCCUGGGAGGCCGCAGAUCGCCGGUCUCCCCGCCGACACCUCGCCUCGGAGGAGAGGAGGCCGCGCCCGGCCUGGCUGGAAGCACCUGCGGCCGCGCGGGGGCGGGAGCCAGGUGGCCUCGGCGCGCCAGCCUCACCCGGGCACCGAGCAGGAAGUGGCUGCGGCGCUGCCCGGGCGCGGCCUCCUCGCAGUGCAACCGGGCAGGGAGGCGGCCGCAGCGCGAGCCGGAGUCUGAGCGCCGGGAGCGAGACCUCAUGGCAGCGUUGGCGCCCGCGGGCCCCGGGGACGCCGCCUCGGCCGCCCUGGACGAGCUGUCACUGAAUUUCACGUACGGGGCGCCAGGCGCCGGCAACGGCUCCCUCUCGGGCGCCUGGUACCGCAGGAACCAGAUUCACCUUUUUGGAGUUUUGCUGGCCAUUUUAGGAAACUUGCUGAUCAGCAUUUCUCUAAAUAUUCAGAAAUAUUCUCACCUUCAGCUGGCACAACAGGAGCACCCAAGGCCAUACUUCAAGAGUGUGCUAUGGUGGGGUGGUGUCCUGCUGAUGGCCGUGGGAGAGACGGGGAACUUCGCAGCCUAUGGAUUUGCUCCCAUUACUCUGAUCGCUCCGUUAGGCUGUGUGUCUGUUACAGGUAGUGCCAUUAUUUCUGUUACAUUUCUGAAAGACAAUUUGAGAGCCUCAGAUUUACUAGGUAUGACACUGGCAUUUGCAGGAACAUAUUUACUGGUGAACUUUGCUCCAAAUAUAACUCAGGCAAUCUCAGCAAGAACAGUGCAGUAUUACUUCAUCGGAUGGCAGUUCCUGAUCUAUGUGAUUUUAGAAAUAUUAAUUUUCUGCAUUCUCCUAUAUUUCUACAAAAGAAAAGGAAUGAAGCACAUGGUGAUUCUGCUAACCCUGGUGGCACUUCUAGCCUCAUUGACUGUUAUUUCAGUAAAGGCCGUCUCAGGCAUGAUCACUUUUUCUAUGAUGGAUAAAAUGCAACUAACUUAUCCCAUUUUCUAUAUCAUGUUUAUCAUCAUGAUAGCAUCUUGUGUUUUCCAAGUCAAGUUCCUCAAUCAAGCCACAAAACUCUACAAUACGACAAGAGUGGUGCCAGUUAAUCAUAUUUUCUUUACAAUCAGUGCCAUCAUUGCAGGUAUCAUAUUUUAUCAGGAAUUCCUUGGUGCUGCUUUUCUCACUGUAUUUAUAUAUCUUUUUGGGUGUUUUCUGUCAUUCCUUGGUGUAUUUUUGGUCACAAGAAAUCGAGAAAAGGAACAUCUGCAACAGUCUUAUAUUGAUUUUGGAAAUAUUCCUGGGAAACAAAUGUUGGACAAAAUACAACCAGAUUCAAAUAGCUUAUCCUAUGGAACUUUGCCUGAUGGAAGUGACUCAACGAACAGCCAAAGUGGAGAGAAGAAAGAGGUCUAAAAUGCUGAGAGGGAUGACUGUUGGCCUGUUAUUCGAUACCACCUUUUUAAAAAAUUGCACAUGUUCAAUUUGUGUCAGCAGCUCUUUUAUAAGCUGACAUGUGCUAGCGUUCAUUUCAGUCCUUUCCCCCACCUCAGCGCCUAUGGACAAUCAGGGGCUUCCUAAGCUCUGACAGUCUAAUAUUUCCAUGGAAUGUGAUUUGAAGUGUUCCCCACACCCUGGACCUCUCCCUAGUGAUUAUCUAGCCAGCUACACCUUAAUCAGAGCCCACCUGCUCUAGCAGGAAUGUUGCACAGAAAUGUACAUUUGCGGUUUGGCCAUAGGUCGCAUAGGUGGCUUCUCCCACGGGUAGUGUCAGUUGCUUCACUUUAAAAAGACACUUCAGCCCCGUAGCCUGACUCCCAAAAUAAAGGUUUGAGAGUGCUCAUUUUUUUCAAGCCACCUUUUAUAAACCUCCCUAUAAAAAUCUUACCUUUCAAGUCCUAAAUUAGAAUUGCAAGUCAUCUUUUCUGAAAACUAAUGCUAUCAAAGUCCUCCUUGGAAAAUUAAGGGUCUCUUUAAAAUUAGAAUUUAUAAAUGGCAUUCAGUGAUGGUGUAUACCAAAAUUAAAAGACCUUGACUGGUGGGCUUUUUAAAUGUAAGAAAGAGGAAGUUUAAGAAGUAGGACUCUGCUUGUUUCGGUAGCCCAUGUACUAAAAUAGGAACAAUGCAGAGAAGAUUAGCACAGCCCCCGCGCAAGGCUGACACAUAAAUUCAUGAAGCAUUAGAGACAAAAAGUAGGACCAAUGUUUCUUUAUUUUGUAAUAAAAAUAUAGAAUGGU